UAUCACAAUAAAAUAAAUACUACAUUUAUGAGAAAACAAUCUGAGCAAGGUAGAGUAAUGCGGAGUGCCACUAACUGUCAUGUGCAGCCUACACGACUCAAACAGCCAGGCUACGAAGGGGCUAGCAUUAGCCAGGCAGUGCUGUUUGUAUUGCAGACAAAGCGGGACAUUUAAGUACUACAGUAUUAAUUGUUUACCAGUAGCACUUCUCCCACUGGUGUAAACAAUGAUACCGCAUUGUUCCGUGAGACUAACGCAAUAAAAUCGGCAGCCGGACGACAGGCCGCUAAUGGAGCCGGGGACCUGGCGUGAAAAUCCGAACGCCGCGUGGUGCCCUAAACCGACCGGCUUGCGGGAGGAGACCCCAGGGGAAGAGGCGGAAGGCGGGGACGGGAGCACCGUGAUGCUGAAGCGAAGAGGAGUUGACGAAGACACCGCGGAGGAGGUGAAAGCGCAGUGUGAGGACGACGAGAAGCAUUUUAAAGCCGGAGGGGAAGACGAUGCUGGCAAACACGAGGAGGAACUGGACCCAAGAAUUCAGGAGGAGCUGGAGCACCUCAACCAGGCCAGCGAUGAGAUCAACAAGCUGGAGCUGCAGCUGGAUGAUGCCAGGUCCAGCUACAGGAGGAUUCUUACUGAUUCUGCCAGGAAGCUCAAUGCUCAGGGCUCCCAGCUUGGUGCCUGCAUUGAGAAAGCAAGGCCCUACUAUGAAGCCCGAAGACUUGCCAAAGAGGCCCAACAAGAAACCCAGAAGGCAGCUCUGAGAUAUGAGAGGGCCGUAUCCAUGCACACUGCUGCCAGAGAGAUGGUUUAUGUGGCAGAGCAGGGCCUCUUGGCUGACAGGAACACCAUGGACCCAACCUGGCAGGAGAUGCUCAACCAUGCCACUGCCAAGGUGAACGAGGCAGAAGAGGAGCGCCUCCGCAGUGAGCGGGAGCACCAACGAGUCACACAGCUCUGCCAGGAUGCAGAGGCUCGAGUCCAGACCCUCCAGAAAACCUUGAAGAAGGUCAUCCUCAAAUCCAAACCUUACUUUGAACUCAAGGCUCAGUUCAAUCAUAUUUUGGAGGAACAUAAGGCUAAAGUAGUACAGCUGGAGGAGCAGGUGGCAAAAGCAAAAGCUCGUUACUCUGUGGCUCUGCGGAACCUGGAGCAGAUCAGCGAGCAGAUCCAUGCACAGAGGGGGCGAAUCACGGCCAGCAGGGCCCAUCCUGAAGUCUGCGGGGGACGGAGCUCCCCAGUGGGUGCUGAGGCUGAGGUCAGAGUCGCCAUCGGGAUUCACAUCAGUAGCUGUGCGGGAGUCGGUGGGAUAGAGAGUGACUGGGCGGACGGUGAGAAAACCAGGCUUUGGGUGGAGAGGCACAGAGAGAGUGGCUGGGGACAGAGGGAGCGACUAGAGGCGGAGCAGGCCGGCUCAGACUGCGCGUCAGUCAUUAGCCUGCAGACCAUCGCCUCUGACCUGGAAAAGUGUGACUCGGUGGAGCACCUGGGUGAGCUGAGUGACACGGGGAGCGUGCUGGGUGAGGAUUGGGACCGCAACAGGAAACCUAAUGAGAGGCCAGUCGGCGGGGAGGUGGUGACCGAGGGGCCCCAGGAGGCGGGGGUCCACCAUGAGAAGGGAGUGGUUGGUAAAGAGAAGCAGGAGAGUUUUGUCAAGCAGCACCACAGGAGUGUUAGUCUAUGAUGGUGAACAGAAGGGAACUGAUGAGUGAUGAUGAGUCAGGAUCAGGGCGAGUGUGUGAUGAGGGAUCAGAGAGGAAAUUAGAAAGGAGAGAGAAAGCAGGAAUGUGAAUGGAGAGCAUGACCGUGAUUGACACAGCGCCGCAGUAACUGCAGUUAGGAAUAGCAGGUACAUUGGCUACACUAAUGAAUCUCUAUGUGACAGCAAUAAACAGAGAGAGCAGUCUUGCAGACUCUCUGACCUCCCCUCACACCCUUUACAGUGUCUGAUCCAGUCUGUUGCUCCACACGUUGAAACCUCAACAAAAAUGCAUGAGGAAAACUAAUCUGUAGAGUACAAACAGGCAAUUUAGAAACAUUGUACGCAUGCUACUGUUUAAUCCAUGUGCUUGAUUUAAACAUAGUUGUUCUCUGCAUUAACAUGGUUAGCCCUGCCACAGCUAUAACAUCAUCAAGGAUUAGGGUAUCCUGGCUCUCUCUCCUCCUGGGCCAAUGACAGCACCCAUCAUAGUGCCUAGUCCGAUUGAUCUGGCUGGGUGGAUCUACUCAUGGUCCGCUGCGGUUUUAUCCUAACCCUGGCUUCCUUUUCCGAUGAAUGUAUAAUGUGUUUCAGCAAUAAAGCCGAAAAAUAAAAGAAUAACAGAUGAAAAACUGAUGAAAAUAUAGUGGAGUUUGAAGGAGCUAUCUUGCUAUCUGCAAAAUCUCCUGAUCCUGUUGAACAAUUUUGGCUUAGCCUUUUAAAUCAAAUCCAACAAGACAUCAUUCUUUGAUGUUUCAGCAAUAAAGUUGGAAAAAAAAUAACAGAUUAAACAAAAAAGUAGCACCGUUUGAAGGAGCUACCUGCCGCAUCUUCACACCGCAUUGCCAUAGCAAUAACCUUGACUAUUUGAGCUGACUAAUCAUUCUGCACGAUUGUUAGAUUCCACAGUCAAGGCAAUAAGCCAAGUACAUGAAACAAACUGUGACUGGAGAAUUAGUGCCCCAACUAUUUAUUACUAUUACUAAUUAUUGAUGAGCUCAGCUUCUAAUAUUCAUAUAAUGGUAGUGAAUGGCCUUUUUUUGGCGAGUUUUGUAAAUUAGGUUAAAAUCUACAUGUGGAUGGAAACCUGGCUAAUGUUAGAAAUAUCACAACAAAUAAGUGCAUUUGCAUCUGGGCUGAGGCAUUAAACUUGUCUACCUGACAACAUGGUUCCAAUGUCAGGGGCUUAUGGGAAAUGAUGCUGUGGAAAUUGAGUCAAAUUUGGUUUCUUUCGUCCAGCUUUUCUAAUUAAUGAAGAUGCUUGUGUGGAAACAUGGCUUUGUGUUUCCCCAUUGCAUAGUAACUUUGAAAUUAAAAUCAGGUGUCCUUUUAUAUUAAUUAACUGUCUUGAAGCUAACCGUUUUAGAACAAACUAAAGUGUAUAUAGUGUGAAGCGAAAGGUGAAACAUUGUUUCAGAACGCGUACAUGCAAAAACUAUUUGCAGAUUAAUGAUCACCCCUUUGCAAAUGUCCGCAUAAUUUUGUUCAGACGUUGAAAUAAACAACAUGGAUAUAGGCCAAGUUGCAAGCAUCACUGCGUGGCAUGACAGGAACAGAAAUAGACAAUUAAAUCGUUAAUUGCAAUUAUUUGAAUGACAAUUAAUCGUCAGCUACAAUUUGAGUCUGUCAAAUGUCAGUUCAACACUGAGAUCCAUCAGCCUCCAGACAAACUAUAGUGACCUUUAGAAGCUGACAGAAACCUGACUGGCACUAGCUGAGAAUAAGGAAAUUAUCCUUAUUUCCUUUUUGUCGGUGACUUUAACCUUUGAGCAUGUACACUGUGAACAUACGUCUGUGACUGUAACCCACUGCCUUGUUCAGCAUAUGAAUCACUCUAAAUAGAGCUAGACCUGCCAAGCAAAUAUAUCAGCCGAUAUAUAUCAAACAAACCAAAUUUAAGGGAUCCUUCUGAAAAUGUUUGUGUUUUAUGAAAAAAUACUAUAUCCAAUAUGUCAUUAUUAGAUUGUUAAAGUUUUUAAAAUAUUUAUUUUCUCUAGUUUACUGACCUGAAACUAGAGGACCCAGGUCUCUGCUGUUGCACAGAUAGCCACAUCCCAUGUUAUGCCAAGGGAAAUAGCUGAAUGUUGAAGUUGGGGAUUUAUUUUAGUUUUAUUUAAAGUGCCUAUGAGUCCUGAUUGGGUUUGGUUAGCCAACAAUGAUUCUACUACUAAUAAACCGAAGAGGUGGAUGCCAGACAUUUACAGUAACACAGAAAUAUAAUAAAAUUAUUUAAAGGAGCAUAAGUUAUAAAUUAGUCAACAGUCUACUUUAACUGGAGAGAGCUAAUAGUCUGACCUUUAUAAAAUGUUCAAGCUGCAGGACUUUAAAGGCAAAGUUUGACACUGAUGAUGACAUUUUAUAUAUAUGAUGAUAUUUUAUAGUAUUAAUUUAUUACUGGAAAUUAUAUUAUCUGUACUAUAUUGGAAUGUUUCUCCCAGAAGACUGAUGUCAAUGUCUGAAAUAGGUCCUGUGUGUAACUCAAGUUCAGUUUAUUGUCAUUCAACCAUGUUAGACAUGAAGGAACGAAAUUUCAGGUCUACCAGUGUACAGAAUAAAAAACACUUUAAGAUAAACCCUAUAAUAUAAUAGUUAAAAUAACCUAAAACUAUAAUAAAUACAUAGUUCAAACCGUAGAGCAUCGGUAAAGUGCCUCAUGCAGUCACAGCAGUCCAAAAAAUCAAAGGACAGAGGAGCUCUAAGCCAGGGAGUGCAUAAGUCUCACACCCCCUGACAAGAAGCUGCAUGUUAACCUCGUCGUUCUUGCUUUUAAGCUGCACAGCCUUCUGCCUGAGGGGAGGAUGGUAAACGGUUUGUGUGCCGGGUGUGUGGGGUCCUUCAUGAUACCUGAAGCUCUGCUUCUGCACCUGCUGACAUAGAUGUUGUCCAUGGAAGGGAGGCUGCUAUUGGUAAUUUAUUUAGCAGAUUUGAGCACUCAUGGCAGCACCUUCCUGUCAGCAGCAGAGCAAUUCCCAUACCAAACAGGGAUGGAGGAUGUCAGUAUGCUCUCCACCACACACCGGUAGAAAAAGGUCAGGACAGCAGGGCUGAGGCUGGCCUGCUUCAAGUACAUGCUUUGGUGGGCCUUCUUAAUAAUGCUGGCUGUGUUGGUGGCCCAUGUGAGGUUGUUGGAGAUGUUCAGGCCCAGAUAUUUCAAAGUGGACACAAUCUCCACAGUGGCUUCUGCAGUGAAGACGGGAGGGGGGUAUGGCCUCUCCUCCUGAAGUCCAGAACCAUCUCCUUAGUCUUAGCCCACAUUGAUGCAGAGGUUGUUUGUUCUGUAACAGUCUAUGAGUUCUUCCACCUCUUGCCUGUGCGCUAACUCAUCCUUGUUGGAAGUCCAACCAAAGCCGUGUCAUCUGCAAACUUCACUAAAUGAUUGCUCUGGUACAGAGCAGUCAUAUGUGAGGUGAGUGUACAACAGAGGGCUCAGGACACAUCCUUGUGGGAAGCCGAUAUUUAGUGUGAUGGUGGGAGAUGAGGUUGAUGGAUGAUGAUGGAUCUUAACCAACUGUGGCCUGUUUGUCAAGAAGUCCAGGACCCAGUUGCAGAGAGAUGGGUUUUAGUCCCAACAGCCGCAGUUUGUUGACUAAGGUCUGCAUAAUGAUCGUAUUUAAGGCAGAUGUAAAGGCCAGGAAGAGCAGCCUGACAGAGCAAUCCCUGCAGUCCAGGUGGGUGAGAGCAGAGUGGACGACAGCAGACACUGCGUCAGAAACAGACAGGUUUCUCCUAUAGGCAUACUGACGGGGGCCACAUUGAUGUUGAUGGUGUCCUUUAUGUGGGCCAGAACCAGCCGUUCAAAGCAUUUCAUGAUCAGUGGAGUAAGGCAAACCGGACUGCCCCUAAAACCACAAAUUGUUACUACAUUGCUGUUUCUGUAAGGAUUAAACAAAAGAGCUACGUGUUAAUUUUGUGUAUUUCUGAACUUUGGACUGAGCCAGGCUAGGCUAACAACGUCCUGACUCCAUCUCCGUACUUAACAUACAGAUAUCAGAUAAAAGUCUGAACAUUUUAAUCCUAAAAAGUAAAGAUUAAAGGUAUUUCUCAUGAUGUUGAACUCGUUAAUAAGUACACAUGUACAGGAUUUGAAUUCUCCAUCAGUGCAGAAGUAGAUGACACUGACUGGCCAAAAAAAGUCCAAUAUCAGCAUGAUAUACUGUUUUUGGAAACUAAUAUAUCAGUGUAAUCCUGAUUAAAUAUGUGAAAUUUAAUUUUAAAUUAUCGAUCGAAUGGUGGGUUGUUUUGACAAAUGUGUGUGUUUUAAAGUUCUCAUUUCAGCACACAUUUACAUUAGUUACUACAUGUAGAGGCGGUGAAAGCUGAAACAGAGGACUUAAACUUAUUAUUCAAACAGUAUUGUGCGUUUACUUUGUUUUGCAAAGCUGUCCUGGCAUUUUAUAUAAAAAAAAGUGUGUUUACACAACUGCUGAAUGUUUGCACUUAAUGUCUUUGUUACAUUAAUUAAUGACUUCAUUCUAAACCCUGUUUUACAACUUGGCUGUAGAAAACACUGUGUUAACUGUUUGUUGUACAGUUUCAGAUGUAACAGAUGUACAUUACUACUGAGCAUCAGAUAUUACCUUAGUUAACAUAGAAAUGUUGUUUUAUGGAAUUUCAAUAUUAAAAAGUAUUUAACUUGUGUUGUAAGGGGGGGGGAUACUGACAUAGUUUUUAUAGUUUCCCAACAUCAUGUUCACAAUUGCAUUUGUGAGUUAAUUCUUGAAGUUGGAUAUAGUAGUUUAACCAUAAACAAUAAAUUCUUAACUCAA